AGUUUUUAUAAAAGUUAUGUUAAUGUUAUAGUGAAAUAUUUUCCACUGCAAAUAUGUCUAUACGAUUAGCUAUAUUAGUGAUGACAACACUUAUAUUUGUUAUUAACAAUAAUUUUUGUCAGAUUAAUGCAAACAGUAAAAUUAUAACAACAUUAAUAUGCAAUGAUACCGAAACCAAUAUGAUCAAGACCCUAACUUGCAAAUGGAUUAUCAAUGUUACGGAUAUUGUAACGACUACUACAUUACCGACAACUACUUUGCCAAAUAUGUAUCCACAAGAUGUCGGUCAUCGAUGUCCGCCAACACCAGUAAACGGAUGUAACGGACCUAAAGAUUGUCUGUAUGUCUUUCCCGGCGAUUGUACUAAAUAUUAUCAGUGCAAUGACGGAGGACAGGCAUUCAUAAUGAACUGUCCGAUUGGUACCGAAUGGAGUGAUAGGUCUAAAAUUUGUGACUUUCCAUACUAUGCUAACUGUUCAUACAAUUAA